UAGAAUCACAUGAUAACGGAGAAAUGAGCUUCCACUGUUCCCAUUCUCAAGCCACUAUGUGCAAUCAUUUUCAGUCAAUGCUUAGCACAUACUUGUCAAACUAUCUAACUAGGAAAAAAUCCAUUCACUACCAACUUUCUCUUACAAUUAUCACAGAAUAUACCUUUUAGAAGCCUAUAUAUUUCCCCAUUCUGAUGUAUCUUCUGCAAACAAACACUUACCACAAAGAUGGCUAUUCCUGUUAUAGAUUUCAGCACUCUCAAUGGAGACAAAAGGGGUGAAACCAUGGCCCUUUUGCAUGAAGCUUGUCAGAAAUGGGGUUGCUUUAUGAUUGAGAACCAUGAACUAGACAAGAAGCUAAUGGAAAAGGUGAAACAGCUAAUUAAUAUUCACUAUGAGGAGAACCUGAAGGAGAAUUUCUACCAGUCUGAGAUAGCAAAGAUCUUGGACAAAAAGCAGAACACUUCUGAUAUAGAUUGGGAAAGUGCCUUUUUCAUCUGGCACCGUCCCAUUUCCAACAUCAGGAACAUCCCAAACCUCUCUGAGGAGCUUUGCCAAACGAUGGAUCAGUAUAUUGAUGAACUCCUUAAGCUGGCAGAGAAGUUGUCUGAGCUUAUGAGUGAAAAUCUUGGUUUGGAGAAAAACUACUUGAAGGAGGCAUUUUCUGGAAGGAAUGGACCUGCCAUGGGAACAAAAGUGGCCAAGUACCCUCAAUGUCCACACCCUGAACUGGUUAGAGGACUUAGAGAGCACACAGAUGCUGGUGGGAUCAUUCUAUUGCUCCAAGAUGAUCAAGUCCCUGGUCUAGAAUUCUUCAAAGAUGGCAAAUGGGUGGAGAUUCCUCCCUCCAAAAACAAUGCCAUUUUUGUCAACACUGGUGACCAAGUCGAAGUGUUGAGCAAUGGCUUGUAUAAAAGUGUUGUGCACAGAGUCAUGCCUGACAGAAAUGGAAGCAGACUUUCCAUCGCCAGCUUCUAUAAUCCAGUUGCUGAAGCCAUUAUUUCCCCAUCCAACAAACUUUUAUAUCCAAGUAAUUAUCGUUAUGGAGACUACUUGGAGCUUUAUGGCAAGACCAAGUUCGGUGAAAAGGGUCCUAGAUUUGAAUCCAUCAAGAAUAUGAUCAACGGUCAUUACAAAUAAAAUAACUCACAAAUACCCUUCUUUCUGUCUAAUUUUACAACUCUUUGUUCUUCCAAAAAGUAGCCAAGAAAAGAAAAUGUAAUUGCAGGGCACUUUUCAUUUUUCCUUUUUACAUGUUUCAGUAUGAAUAAUAACACAAAAAGAAGAGGUUUUUCCUUUAAUUCCUGAGGGGGUUAAAUUGUAAACCAUUUCUAUCUGUUUAUAUGCAUCCUUUUAGGUUAU